AGAGACGGAGUGGGGGGGGGGAGGAGAAAAAAAAUCCCGGAUCAGGGCAACUUAGAUGGCGCAUGCGCGCUCCGAAGCCUCCAUCCCAAACACACACAUUUCCCUGUACUUGGAAAGUCACCCAAAGCAGCUGAAGUGCAGAGCAAAGAGGCACCGCAACAUACAGGGAACCCAUCAGACUUGAGCUGCCUCUGGAACACCCUGGGGGGCAUUUCUGGAUCCUGAGAGUCCCUCCUCGAAGUGUGGUUUGGAAUGGAGUUCAAAUUCAGCAGCCUCCAGGCACAAGGAUGAAGUGACUCCACAGCUUUCAUUCAACACAACCAAUUUGCGGAAUCUUGAUUCCAGAAUUCUCAAAAGGUGGGAGGACCCACCAGGACCACAAAUGGCUGAAAGAAGUAUAUGCACUGACUCAACCUCAGGAAACCCCAAGAUGGCUGCCAAGCGCAAAGGUGGCCUGAAAUUAAACGCAAUUUGUGCCAAGCUCAGCCGCCAGGUAGUCGUGGAGCACAAAGCACCCGAGCAGGGACAUGUCGACAAAGCUCCCCUCGGGUGGGAAAGUGCUGGCGGUGACACGGCCGCCCCCAAGGACGUCGCCCAGGCUGCGGCCAAGGAGCCGGGGCCCAAAUUUUCGGAGGGGACGAAGAUCGAAGAGGACAAGCGGAGGGAAGUGAUCGAGAAGUGGGUCAACGGCGAGUACAGCGAAGACCCCUUGCUGGGACGCAUCGAGAACAAGGAACCCAAGGCCCCCAUGGGGACGGAAGUGCCGCCCGAGGGGGUCUACAUGGUGCAACCGAAAGGUUGCAGCGAUGAUGAGGAUAACGGGGACGAAGCCGAGCCCCGCAAGGACUCCCAAGAUGGCAGCUUCGUGGACGACCGAGAUUCAGAUGGGCCUCCCCUGAAGGACGAAAGCUUUCGGGCCCCCAACAAUGAAGCCAGCUCCAAGCUCAGUGGAGGAGCUUCUUCAGGGGAGGCGUCCUCUCUGCGAGACUAUGCUGCUACCACCAUGAGCGAGUUCCUGGGCAUGUUCGGCUACGAUGACCAGAACAUGCGGGACGAGCUGGCUCGCAAGAUUAGCUUUGAGAAACUGAAUGCUCCUACCUCAGAGACAAACUCAGCCGCCGCGGCUGGAGAAGACGCCGUCAGCAAGCGAGCCCGUUUUUCCAAAUACGAAGAGUACAUCCGCAAGUUUAAGGCUGGGGAGCAGGUCCCGUGGCCCAUUCACCCAGUGAAGACCGAAGAGCUGACCAGCAAGCUAGUCAAAGAGGUCCCGCUAGGCUUGGGGCAACCCAUCCGGUUGCCGGCUCCCGAAACGUCGCUCCUGCCCGAGACGAAAGCCACCAUUUUGCCUCUGCCUUCGUCCAGCGGCAGCUCCCAGAUGCAAGGGCUGAUGUCGCGGGCCUCCAAGUACGAUUUCUUCAUCCAGAAACUGAAGACCGGGGAGACCCUUCGGCCGCAGAACGGCAACACCUACAAGAAGACGUCCAAGUACGACUUGGAGAACGUCAAAUAUUUGCAUCUGUUCAAGCCCGGGGAAGGCAGCCCAGAUAUGGGAGGAGCCAUCGCCUUCAAGACAGGCAAAGUUGGUCGCCCGUCCAAAUACGAUGUCAGGAACAUCCAGAAGAUUACCCCCGUCAAAGCUCCAGCCCCUAGCCUGGGUCCCAACCCUCUGGCCAGCACUCCCAGCAGCACCCCAGUAGCUGGCCCCGAGCAGCCCGUCUCUCUGCCCUUCAGCACUCCGGAAUACCUUAAGUCCACUUUCUCCAAGACGGAUUCCAUCACUACCGGAACAGUUUCCACCGUUAAGAAUGGAUUAACCACUGACAAACCAGCUGUCACCGAAGAUGUAAAUAUUUACCAGAAAUAUAUUGCCAGGUUUUCUGGAAGCCAGCACUGCGGACACAUUCACUGUGCAUAUCAGUACCGGGAACAUUAUCACUGCCUUGACCCAGAGUGCAACUACCAGAGGUUCACCAGUAAGCAGGACGUCAUCCGGCAUUACAACAUGCACAAGAAACGGGACAACUCCCUCCAGCACGGCUUCAUGAGGUUCAGCCCCCUGGACGACUGCAGCGUCUACUACCACGGCUGUCACCUCAACGGGAAAAGCACACAUUACCACUGCAUGCAGGUGGGCUGCAACAAGGUGUACACCAGCACCUCCGAUGUGAUGACCCACGAAAACUUCCACAAGAAGAACACGCAGCUGAUCAACGAUGGCUUCCAGCGGUUCCGGGCCACGGAAGACUGCGGCACGGUGGACUGUCAGUUCUACGGGCAGAAGACCACCCACUUCCACUGCAGGCGGCCCGGUUGCACCUUUACCUUCAAGAACAAGUGCGACAUCGAGAAGCACAAGAGCUACCACAUCAAGGACGACGCCUAUGCCAAGGACGGCUUCAAGAAGUUCUACAAGUACGAGGAGUGCAAGUACGAGGGCUGCGUUUACAGCAAGGCCACCAACCACUUCCACUGCAUCCGGCCUGGCUGCGGCUUCACCUUCACCUCCACCAGCCAGAUGACCUCGCACAAGCGCAAACACGAGCGCCGGCACAUCCGCAGCUCGGGCAUGCUGGGCUUGCCUGCCUCGCUGAUGGGUGCCAAGGAGAAUGAGCAGGAGGAGUCCAGCAAUGACGACCUGAUCGAUUUCUCCGCCAUGAGCUCAAAGAACUCCAGCCUGAGUGCCUCUCCCACCAGUCAGCAGUCUUCCGUCUCCUUGAUUGUGCCGGGCACCCCAUCCACCUCGGCCGCAGAGCUGGCCGCCUCGCAAGCCGCCAGCAAACCCGCCAGCAAUAUGUCCUCGGCUUCCAAAAUGUCCGCCCUGCUCUCUCAAGUUCUCCCAAGCAAUAUCCCUUUGGCCCUGGCCCUGCCCAACGCGACGCUUCCGGGAACGGCAGGCUCUUUCUUUCCCAUGCUCCCCAGCCGGGUCUCAGCCCAACUGUCCGCCAGCUCCAGCAGCUUGCUAGCUGCCGGCACACCGAGUACCAAUCCGGCGUCUUCAGCCGGUUCCCCUUCCCCGGCUCUCUCGGUUUCUGGUGAGGGGGCGGCCACCUCUUCGCCAACUCCAGCGGCCUCCAUCAUGGAGAAGAUCUCGGCCAGCAAAGGGUUGAUUUCGCCCAUGAUGGCUCGGUUAGCGGCAGCAGCUCUGAAGUCCUCAGUGUCGAUGGAGGCAGGAAACGGGCAGCCCAUCACACCUGGACGGUUCAACCCAACGCAAAUGAAGUCCGAGGUGGCUGAGAAUCCUAGCUUGGGAUCCACCGCAACUCAGGAUUCCUUGCAGGAACACAGCCUGGACCUUAGAAUGAAAGAUCAUAGUAAUGAAUCAAAUGGCCACACAGUCUCGGCAAAUUCAUCUCUUUUAUCCUCGCUUAUGAAUAAGAUGUCUCAGAAUAACCCGAAUUUGGGGAACCUCCUCGGUUUGAAGGGGGAGUGCGAUGGCGGGCACCUGGCAGCUGCGGGAGAUGCCACCCAGUAUCUGGGCAAGACGGUGAAGGCUCUGGUUCAGGAAAAGCUCGCGGAGCCCUGGAAGAUGUACCUGCGCAGGUUUGGCACCAAGGAUUUCUGCGAUGCCCAGUGCGACUUCCUGCACAAGGUGCAUUUCCACUGCGUGGUGGAAGAGUGUGGCGCUCUCUUCAGCACCGUGGACGGAGCUGUGAAGCACGCCAAUUUCCACUUCCGAACAGAGGGAGGCGCCGCGAAGGGAACCUCAGAGCACGCCUUCCCGACUCCGGCAGAGAGCAAGACCUCCAUCCCCCCUUCCUCUCCAUCCGCCGCGUCCGCCAUUCUGGCCACCGCCUCGGCCGCGGAGGGACCCACCGCAUGUCCGGCUAGUGUGCCGUCCGCUCCUACGCUCCUGGCCUGGAAACAGCUGGCAUCCACCAUGUCUCAGCUGCCUGUCUCAGGGCCCGGGCUGGCCACCUCCCCGAUGGCCACCACUUCCCUGGAGAACGCCAAGCCUCAGGUCAAGCCGGGCUUCCUCCAGUUCCAAGAGAACGAUCCUUGCCUGGCCACGGACUGCAAGUAUGCCAACAAAUUCCACUUCCACUGUCUCUUUGGGAACUGCAAAUACGUGUGCAAAACCUCGGGGAAGGCCGAGUCCCACUGCCUCGACCACAUCAACCCCAACAACAACCUGGUGAAUGUGCGCGAUCAGUUCGCUUAUUACUCCCUGCAGUGUCUCUGCCCAAACCAGCACUGUGAGUUCCGCAUGCGGGGCCAUUACCACUGCCUUCGCCCCGGUUGCUUCUUUGUCACCAACAUCACCACCAAGCUGCCCUGGCACGUGAAGAAACACGAGAAGGCCGAGCGGAGGGCCGCCAACGGUUUCAAGUACUUCACCAAACGGGAAGAAUGCGGCAGGCUGGGCUGCAAAUACAACCAGGUCAACAGCCACUUCCAUUGCAUCCGCGAGGGCUGCCAGUUCUCCUUUCUGCUGAAGCAUCAGAUGACGUCCCAUGCCAGGAAGCACAUGAGAAGGAUGCUGGGGAAGAACUUCGACCGCGUUCCCACUCAGGUGGUGGGCCACACUGCUAGGAAUGACAGUCACCCACAUGUGAGCAGCCUGGCCCCCAGCCCGGCUUCAUCAGGGAAUCCUGCCUCCUUUCAGGGAGCCCCCAGUCUGAUGGACCCUGAGACGGAGGAGUACCUUGAUUACGCGGGAUGCAGCCCCGGUGCCAUCUCCUCGGAGUCGUCGAACAUGGACCGCAGUUGCUCCAGCACCCCGGUGGGCAACGAGAGCACCUCAGCAGGCUGCCUGGCUGCUCUUCCUCUUCCUCCUCCUCCUGCUGCUGCUGGUGACGAUGUUAGCCACAAUGUACCACCACCACCACCACCAUCUCUGCCUCCCUCUUUCUCACAAGCCCUGCUCAGAUCUCCCCUCCCCUCCCUGCCCUACCUCUUCUCUCCAUCGUGUGUCUCAUACUCUCUGCUAAGUGCCACCCUGGGAUCCAGCAGGGGCAUUGCCUUGCCCACCGCCAGCUCGACAGGGCUUUCACCCAUCCUUGCCAGUCCAGUCAAAAGCGACGUCCCGCUAGUGCAGGAUGCAGCAGGGAACACCAUCACCAUGCCAACCGCCGCGGGAGCCAAGAAGCGCUUCUGGAUCAUCGAGGACAUGUCGCCCUUCGGCAAGCGCCGCAAGACACCUUCCUCCCGCAAGAUGCUGGACGAGGGGAUGAUGCUGGAGGGGUUCCGGCGGUACGACCUGUACGAGGACUGCAAAGACGCCAACUGCCAGUUCUCCCUCAAGGUCACGCACUACCACUGCACCCGGGAGAACUGCGGGUACAAAUUCUGCGGCCGCACCCACAUGUACAAGCACGCACAGCACCACGACCGGGUGGACAAUCUGGUGCUGGACGACUUCAAGCGCUUCAAGUCCUCCCUCAGCUGCCACUUCCCCGACUGCCAGUUCUCCGGCAACAGCACGCACUUCCACUGCCUGCGCUGCGGCUUCCGCUGCACCGACAGCACCAAAGUGACGGCCCACCGCAAGCACCAUGGCAAGCAGGACGUGAUCAGUGCCGCCGGCUUCUGCCAGUUCAGCUCCAGUGUGGACUGCGAAGUGCCCGAGUGCAAAUACAAACUCAAGUGCUCGCACUUCCACUGCACCUACCCCGGGUGCAAGCACACCGUGGUGGGCAUGUCGCAGAUGGACUCGCACAAGCGCAAGCACGAGAAGCAGGAGCGGGGAGAGCUGCCGGCCAUCUCUCCGGGGCCUGAGGGCCUUCCCGCCGCCCCCAUGGAGUACGAGGCCCAGAGCGCUUCCGUCAACCUGGACAGCUCCCUCAACCUGAGCACGGAUGCCAAGAGCUCCCUCUUCUUCCUGCAGAACGCGGCAGGUGUGGGGCUCAAUGACUCCGUGGACCUCAGCCAGAAGCCCCCUGAGGGCAUGGGCGGCCUUCCUUCCACCCCGGGGGAGAGCCUGGCCCCUGCCGCCAGCAAGCGCUUCCUGGCCAGCUGCGGCAACGUGGAAGAAGAGGACGACUCUUCCCACGAUGAUGAUGAUGAAGAGGAGGAGGAAAUGAACGAGGAGGAGGAUGAAGAGGAGGAUGAGGAGGACGACGAAGACGAGGAAGAGGAGGAAGAGGAUCUGAACACCGAUUCGGAAGAGUCGCUCCCUGACGCGGAGGGCCUGCCCGCCAAAGACAUUAGUGAACUGGAGGAGGCCGUUUCCUCCACCGCGGAUCCCAGAGACGCUUCCACGCCUUCUGGCGAGCCAGCCUCAGCCCCGGCCCCUUAAGGAGCAGCCACACAGCAGCGGUGGGCUUGGGGGUUUGGCCUCGGCGAGCGGAGAAAGCAAAAACUGCAUGAACAGGAGACCUUCCUGUGUUGAGGGGGGAGAGGCAAGAACGAAUGCUAGAAUGGCCAGCGAGCAGCAAAACCGACUCUAUCCCAGAAGGUGCGUGAGAGGCGGAGGGAAGCACUGAUUCUUGGACCACACACGACACGGAGACAAGACGGAGACAGAGAGGAGGAAGCAGCGGCGGCAGCAGCCACAUCCUGGGGAUAGGGUGGGGUGGGAUGGGGGCAGCAGGAGGACCCAUCUGUUGGGGUGCACAUGUUUACAAGGGAGGGGCAACAGGCAGAGCAUGGCGGUCCCCGUGAUGCAGAUGGACUGACCCUCCCGCUUCUGGGUGGAUAUGCUGCUCCCCGUGGUAGGAGGCGGCCUGCCCCUUCCGAGCCCGCUUCCCUUCGCAGAGGUGGGAAGGCGGGAACGGUUCUUUAACCCUUCGACUCCGGUGUGUGUUCAUUUGUCCUCUAAUACUCCUCCCAUUCUCAGGGAGACGGGGGAGGGGGGGGCAGGCAGCUAGCAUCUGGCGGGGGAAUAUGAGGCGGGAUGAAGAGCGUUAAGUCAUACGACAUAUAGAUAUAUCUAUAUAUCUAUAGAUGUAGAUAUAGAUAUAUAUAUAGCGGCAAAGCUGGAUCAGGUUCUGCUAAGCUACAAGCCGAGUCCUUUUGCCACCGGGAAAGGGAUGGGUGGAAUUAGGGGGAACGGGGGGGCGGGUUCCGGUAUCACUUAUAUUCCUAUUCCUUUCUUUUCCUUUUCUCCGGCAUCAAAUGAACGGGAGAUACGGAAGUCUCAGGCAGCUGGGAAUGCUUGGAACAGGGGUAUUUAUUAUCAGUUGUGGUUUUUUUUUUUUUUUAAAAGAAAAGCAAAAAACUAACAAAAAACAAAAAGUGGGGGAAACACGAGACGAAUCGAUCCAGGCCGUGGAAUUGAAAUAUCAAAUCGUAAUAAUGAUGAUGAGGAUAAUAAUAAUAGUAACAAGUUACUAAUUUUUCUAAGGAAGGAGGAACUGCUUUAUAAUGUGAGCCUCACAGCUGGAGCUGGAGGAUCUCCUGAUUGACCUCUGGCUGGGAGGGGGGGGCAUUGAAGGAAAGGAGGCGGAGCUCUAAAGCGGCCCAGCCUUCGGACGAUGGGGAGAAAGGAGCCACCCUGUAGAAAGGGGACAAGAGCUGAUCACAGGCUUCCCACCGCCGCCAGUUCCUUGAAGGUCUUUCAAGCACAGGAUCCUUCAGGCCCAUCUUGGCUCCGUUGCCAGAGGAAGAGCAGGCGGGAGACCCAGGCCCCUUCCGGUAUCUUCCCCGGAAGGCUUCGGGCAAGGCACGGGGACCUCUGGUUCGCUCUUCUGCACCCAUCUGGGGCCGGCACUUACAAAAGUCUUCCCAUUACGGAACUGGCGACUGGGAAGAUCAAGCGCUCCGGCUCCCAUCCCACUCCCGAAACAGCGGGGAGGCGGGGAGUGGAGGGAAGUCCAGGCACAUCCCAGCCAAGGAACUGCCUCAAAUCCCCCCCACCCCAAGAAAGGGACCAGGCUUUGCCUCGGGAGGGGGGGAGGGGGGGGAAAUGGAAAGACCUCUUGGAGGUCUUUCGCUUCCGAUACUUGACAGCCCAGGUUUUUUGCAGUCGGCCCUUCUCUUCCUCGUGUCUUGUGUCCAUGCUGUUGGGCUGCAAAACGAAACAAACCAACCAAGCAAACAAACAAACAAAGGAAAACCAGAAAUCACUUCGCAGUGCGAGAGAGUGAGAAUGUAAUCCAGGAUCUUUUGUUAAAUUGAUGGCUAGCGAGGAAGGAAAAGAGAAUGGCAAAAUACAAAAAAAAAACCUAAAACGCUUUAGGUGUCCCAGAAAAUGAUGGCAGAGAAAGAAUUGGAGAGUUAUAGCUAGAACAACGAGUAGGAGCUGUUCAGAUCACACUCCGAGUAUCUGGUGAGAAUCUGCCUUGACAAAACAGGCCUUUGGUUAGCUACAAGAACCUCCUGCUUUGAUCCAUGUUACCAAGAGGCAAGAGGAGUAAUAAUAACAGUAACAGGAGUCGGAAGGGAGCUUGGAGGUCAUCCAGUCCAACCUCCCCCCUUGCUCACGCAGGAGACCUGCACUAGGGAUUCGAACUGCCGACCUUUCUGAUCGACAAGCUCGGCGUCUUAGGAACAAAACACGGACCGCUCAGUAGUUCAGAAUUUCGAUUUGGCGUAUAAAGAAACAAGAGAUUUGUCACAUCGUCAGUUGAGGUCGUGUGUCCCCCCCCCUCCUCCCGUUGAUAGCGGAUAAGUUUUGUUGUGUGGCUGGUAAGACAAACGCACAGAGUAUUGAUCGUAUUUUAAAGGGUGGCGAGAACCAUUUGGGGGAACAGUCGCAAGAGUUGGAAGGGACCUUGGAGGUCGUCUAGUCUAACCCCCUGCUCGCGCAGGAGACCCUGUACCAGGGAUUAGAACCGCCGAAAAGGGCAGCACAUCAAAAGUCUCCCCUCUAGUUUGGCCUGGCCUGAUCCCCUCUUGGCAAAGGCCAUUGAAUCUAAAAAGGGACACCAAUACGUCCAGGCCGUAGUGAGGCUUUCCUGCUUCUUCAAAAGGCUUAAGGCUGGGAGGACCAAGAGUCGGAGCGACCAACCACACCAGGCCUCAAUUGGGAGAUGCCCAGAUAGAAACCCCACCCUGCUCAGCUCCCAUCCCUGCUCCUCUUUUUUUUAACUACUUGGGUCGCUUCCCAAAAAAGGUGCUACGGGAACCUCUUGUUUGCAGUCACGUCUCUGGAAAGGGUGGAUAAUGCCUCUGUGUCUGAGCUCUUCCCCUCCCUCCCUCCCUCCCACCAGGUACCUUGAGGACUCGGUGGUCCUCCAGACUUGAGUAGCACACGUGUGUAUGUGUGUGUGUGUGUGUGUUUACAAAACUUUGCGACUUUCAAGCUGUUGUAAUGUUUCUCUCAUGUCUUUGGCAAUAAAAUCUCCCGGGGGGGGCGCGGCGCUUCUUGGUCAGUGGCCUUGAACAGCUGCGGAAGGACGCAAGGUAAGGAAAAAAAUGGGGUGGGGGGGCAGUCAGGCUGCCCAGCCAUCCGGAUUCAAAAGGGAAAAAACGGGUGAUUCCAGUGGUGGGUUGCUACCGGUUCGCCCCGGUUCGAGCGAACCGGUAGCGGCGGGAGGCUCUGUCCACCCGCCCAGACGUUAUCAACAAUGCUUUGCGUAGGCGCAGAACCUUCUACUCGGACGUCAUCAAAAAUGCUCUGCGUAGGUACAAAAUCGCCGCACGAACGCAAAGCACGCUCCCGAUAGUAAACCGGUAGCACCGAGAUUUGAAACCCACCACUGGGCGAUUCAGACCACUGGCUGACACCUCUUAUUAAAUCGCAUUUUCCCAGGGGUUUCAUCUGAAUCGCAGGCACAUCCAAACAUACCUGGAAUAAUUCCCCCUUUCUCUUUGGAUGCGGAUUGCUGCAGAGGCCUAAAACAUUAAAGGGCCUUGCCGGGCCUUCUGGGCAAACUAGUUUUUUUCCAUGCCACCCCAAUUGGACAGGUGAAAAAACCCGACUUAUCGGUGCAUCUUAUCUACUCAGUACUCUUUCCUGCUUAGUUCCAUAGUUUGGGGGGGGGGGUCUUUUCCUCCACUUAAACAAAAAAAAUUGUUUUUAAAUGUAAGAAAACGAUUUUGUUUGAAAAUGCGUUAAUCCACAGCGUCUCCGGCUGCAUCUGGGCGCCGAGCUCGAUUCAGGAGAAAGCACUUAAUCUUACGCAGGCAUUAGUGUCCCAGGCGAGACCGAGCUUAAGUGGUGUAAGGCGAGCACCGAGCUUAAGUGGUGUGAUGGACUCCGAGGAUUGUCGUUUUUACAGAAACGGGACAACUAGCAGUUUAGGAAGAGAAGAAGAAAAAAAAGAACUAUUUGGCAAAGGCCCUGAAGUUUUUGUCCCGCCCCGCCUUUCUUAAUAAUCCGUUUUGUCACCCAGCCUUGCCUGAUCUAACAUUGAAUUGACGUAAAGCGUAAAAAAGAUAUUUUUACGUAAUGGAUGUUUUUGCCCCCCCCUCUCCCCGAAAAAAACCUCAAACCGGUUUAACGUCCCGGGGUAGCGGGGGGCAACACCAAGCAGGGCCAAGGUGGCAUUGGGGGCGCGCAGUGGCUUUCUCCCCGCUUGGCACAUCAGCCGCUACAAGACCCGCUCCCAGCCCUUUUAAAAUGGAGCCAGGAAGGUGUUUUUAAACCUGAACCAUCUCUUUUCCUCCAAAUCCCAUCUUAACUAUAUUACCGAUUUCUGGUUGAACAGGAAAAAUAGACGUCCCCCCCCCCCAACUUCCAAGCUAAGAAAUGUUUUUUUUAAAAAAAUAAAUCCCUGCCUUUGAAAAAAGGAAACCCAACUUUCUAGGGAGAAAGGGGGGUCGUCCCCCCGUCCCCCACCCCCACCCCAAUUCUGAAACACGCCCCCCCCCACAUACAUAACAUAGGGGAAAAAUUUUUGAGGGAAAACUUCUAGCCUUUGUAAAAUCCAUAUUGCACACUAGGACUAUAAGCCAUUGCUAGCUCAUUUUGAAUUUUAAAAACGUGUACUUUUUUCUUCGGUUGUUUUUAAUUAUUAUUAUUAUUAUUUUUUCCCUUUCUGUGUGGGGGUGGGGGGCAAAAAUGGGGGAGGGGGAGAAGUGAUGCUUGAAACUACCCGUGCGCUUUUUAAUGUUUUAUAAAUAUGUAUGUGUAUAUAUAUAUAUAUAUAAAUAUAUAUAUAUAUAAAAUAUAAAAAUAAUACGUAUGCACAUAUAUAUAUGUGUGUGUGUAUAUAUCUAUAUGUAUAUACCUAUAUAUAUAGAUAUAUAGCUAUAUAUAGGUUUUGAGACAAAAAAAAUAAUAAUGCGGAAAGUGAAAAAAAAAAAAUAUCCUAUGACAGGACCGUGUGCUCUGAUUUUACUUGAAUCUGGUCUUCUCAGCACCUACGUUAUUAAGAACUGAAUAUUUUUCCACUUGAAUUUAGCGCUACUAGAAAUUUAAUAUAUGUGUUUUAUUUAUUUGAUUUUUUUUUUGUUUUUUGCAUGACUGAUGCAAGGUUUGACAUUUUCACUCAAUAAAAACUGGAAAAAGCAAAAACAAAACAGGAAAAAAAAAAAAACCCCGCCCAGCAAUCUUUGGCUUUCUACUGGUU